AUGGCUGCGAUAGACUACAUUGUCUGCGAGAAGAGCGAUGUUUUUAUACCGUCACACGGUGGGAACAUGGGACAUGCGUUACAAGGACAAAGAGCUUACGCUGGUCACAAGAAAUAUAUUACUCCUAAUAAGAGACAGAUGCUUCCUUACUUCAUGAAUGCCUCGUUGCCUGAAUCGGAUUUUAAUAGGAUUGUGAAGGAGCUUCAUAGAGAGUCUUUAGGACAGCCGGAGUUGAGAACGAGUAAAGGUGGUAAGGAUGUUACUAAACAUCCUGUUCCGGAGUGUAUGUGUUCAGAUAGACAGCAACAACAACAACAACAACAACAAUAA